AUGGCCAUGGACCUCUGCGGGCGAGCGCGGGCGACGUGCUUGUUCGCGCAGGGCGACGGCGUCGGCGGCGGCGGCGGCCCAGGGCGGAUCUCCAUUCUCCGGCCAUCUAUGGCUCCCCCCGAUGGUAACUCUGGUGAGAAUGAGGGGAGUAAGAAGGCUAAGAAGAAGAUUAAGAAGAAGAAGAAAGGCAAUCUAUGUGGCUUUAAGUCAAGGUUUAACUCAAAAAGGCUGGCUCAGAUUGGGAAGCAAAUAUCACCGGAAAAACAGAGAAUCAUAAGGGAGGGACCGUUUGGAGACUUGUUGGACAUCCGGUCUUUCAAGGUGCCCCAUGAGCUCAUUGAGUUUGUUGCGAUGAACACGAAUCACGUACUCUCUGAGUUCAAACACAAGAACAAAUCUAUCAUCUUCAGCAAGCUUAUGGUGAAAAGGAUUUUCAACGUGCCAUCCGGUGAUAGACCCGUGAAGAUUCUAAAGAAGAGUGAUGAACAUGAUCUUCGCAACAUUUACAAGGAGGGGAACAGGGCUCCAAUCGCCCAUGUUGUCAAGUUGCUCACUAGUUGCAGUGAGGAGGACGUGGAUAUGAUAAAUAGGACUUGGGCACUCCUUGCGUUGGCAACAGUUUUGUGCCCAGGCACGGGCAAUAUGGUGAACCUUGAGUAUCUUGCUUCCUUGGAAGAUAUGUCUUUGGUGCAUGAGUUCGCUUGGGAUGAGCACUUGUUGGCACGAGCGAUGGAGGAGGUUGGAGUCUUUCAAGAGAAGAAGAGGAUGCAAGCAAACGCAGAAAAAGAGUUCCAGAUUGCUUCAUGCCUCCCCAUGUUAGCGAUCAUAUACAUGGAUCAUGUUGAUAUCCCGGCUGGCCUCCCAAAUGAGCAUGCUAUUGAUUAUUCCGUGCCGAGGAUACGUUUUGUUUGCCAAAAGGAUUUUGAGUGGCUGGAUAAAGUUGACAAGAACAAGCUCACUCUUAUCCAACCUUUCUACGGGAAACACACCCAUAUCCGGAGUUUGUGCAACACCCCCUAUGCAGCACAACUUGUGGGACAGGAAGUUGGUGCUGAAGCAGCUAGUGGGCAGGGAGGUGGUGCUGAAGCACCUAGUGGCCAAGGAAUUAGUGGCCAAGGAAGCCAAGUUCAAGGUGCUGAAAAUCAAGCAAAGAACUCUCAAUCAAACGAGGCUCAACAAAAUGUUGAUGCUGAACCACACCUAUCAUCAUCGCUGAACGAGUGGCUGCAGCAAUCAUUCCCUAGCAUGCAAGAUCUAAGGGUACCAACUCAGUUUCAAAUGCUUUACGACAAGCACAAGGGUUUUUUUGCAGCGGAGGUGGAUGAUGUUGUAGGAAAGUUUGGACAGUGUUUAAAGGGAUUGCAGUGCAGCCGGAUGGCUGCCCUCCUUCGCGAUGUUGGAGACGCCGUCACAGCUACCAGUGAGCCCAACUUCUCCUUCGAAGCACCUAUCAUGGACGAAUGUCGCGGAAAAGAGAAUGAUGCUAAAGCUGCAAAUGAUGGCAUUGGUGCUCAAGCUCAAGCUGAAGGUACAACACCUAGCAUUAACAAGGAUGAAGUCACCGGAUUGAAGCAACAAGUAGCAACCGAGGCUGCUGAAACUCGUGAGCAACAACGAGUGAGUUUCGAGAUGGAAGGGAACGUCUCACCUCACAGCCCCCCACUCUUCUAUGAUGCACCCAGGAGUGCGACAGCUGUCAUUUGGGACGACGAACCAUCCUGUGAGUUGUUCCCAAAGGGCUCCGAAGACUACGAGAUGAUGCAUUGCACGGAUGAGCCUAUAACCAAGAAAAGCACAGUCAGCCCCAUUUUUGAAAACAUCCCCGUGUUCCCUGUUUCAGACGAUGAUGACAGCCCAACUCCUAAUAUGGUCGCUACAGAAGAGCAUUUUGUUGAGGCAAGCAGUGGCCCUAGCACACAUGACAAGAACACUAGGAAGAAGAGGAUGGCUAAAGUUCCAGCGGUAAAAAAUACCAAGGCAAAGAAGCAAAAGGUUGAUGCAGCUGCAGCCAUGUAUGAGAAGUAUGUAAAGCAUGGGAAACCAUUGACGAGAUCACAUGCCAAUGAACAAGUGUGA